GAAAGGAGUCGAUCGAUUGACGUGUACGACGAACGACGUAGGUGCUUCUACUCUACAGGAGACGCAGGGUACACUCUUUCUCUUGUUUUCCGAUUAGUCUAUCGAAGUUGAUUUUCUCAAAAAUUUGCCUGAAAUUGUAACAAGACGUCAAAUCAAAGAAGAUCUGGAAAAAUGGUGAAGAUGGACCACGAUGACGGCAAUAAAAACGAGCCGGAGCAUGUUCGCAAAUUGUUCAUCGGCGGUUUGGACUAUAGGACGACCGAUGACUCGCUCAAGAAGCAUUUUGAGCAAUGGGGUGAUAUUGUCGAUGUUGUCGUGAUGAAGGACCCAAAGACAAAAAGAUCCAGGGGAUUUGGAUUUAUCACCUACUCGAGAGCUCAAAUGGUUGAUGAUGCUCAAAGCGCAAGGCCCCACCGCGUCGACGGUCGAGUUGUUGAGCCCAAGAGAGCCGUUCCACGACAAGAAAUUGGAAGGCCGGAGGCUGGUGCCACCGUGAAGAAAUUGUUUGUCGGCGGAUUGAAGGACGAUCACGAGGAGGAAGAUCUUCGGUCGUACUUCCAAACUUUUGGAGCAAUCAACUCUGUCAGUAUUGUAACUGAUAAGGAGUCGGGCAAGAAGCGAGGUUUCGGCUUUGUUGAAUUCGACGAUUACGAUCCAGUCGACAAGAUCUGCCUCCAGCGAAAUCAUCAAAUCCGUGGAAAACAUGUUGAUGUGAAGAAGGCUCUCAGUAAAGCAGAGAUGGCUUCUGCGACAAGUGGAGGUGGUGGAGGCGGCGGCCGAGGAGGCGGUGGUGGUGGCGGUGGAAGAGGAGGACCUCGUGGUGGUAAUUCGGGAGGUGGUGGUGGUAACUGGGGAGGUCGUGGAGGAGGCGGCGGUGGCGGUAGCGACUGGAACAGCGGUGGAAACCAAGGCGGAUAUGGAGGUGGUGGUGGUGGCGGUGGCGGCGGAAGCCAAGGGGGCUGGGGAGGUGGUAAUGGUCCUUGGGAAAAUCAGAAUCAAGGUGAGACUCAAAGCCAAGGUAGCGGAUGGGGUGGACAGGGAGGACAGGGUGGCUACAACAGUGGUGGUAACUGGAGCAACGACAACUUUGGAGGAGGUUACCAACAAGGCUACGGAGGUGGUCCAGUCCGAAACAACUACAACUCUGGCGGCAGAUCAGCACCCUAUGCAGGACCAAUGGGCGGUAAUAGCGGAGGUGGUGGUGGCGGCGGCGGCAGUAACUAUGGUGGAAACCAGGGAUACGGAAAUUCCACUGGGGGCGGAAACAUGGGUGGUGGUGGAGGUGGCGGAAGAAGAUACUAAAUUUCCCUGGACUCCUGCAAUCGGUGUGACCCCCUACUUCUAGUCUUCUAGUCGUCAGUACUUUUGUACUGUUUAGUUUGGAGCAGGCAGGGCUAAAAGGCUAGACACAAACAAGAAAGACCAGGCAGGACAAUCAGGAGUCAGGACAGAGAGAGAGGGAGAGGGAGAGAGAAGCGUCACCUGUUAGAUUGCAGUGAGGGAGGUUUAUGCCCUGUUAAACAAUUUGGGCACCUAGCAUCAGUACACGGUCGUCCCGACGACGACACAUUGUGAAAAAUGAAAGAGUUGUUGUGUACCACAGUUUUAUAUAGACUAAUGCUCGCGCUCUCGCACCACCCUCUUUAUGAUGACACACCCAUCGUGUAUAUUUAAUUAUUAAUUUCAUAGAAAUGACAAACAGUGAUUGAUAGGAUUGUCUCGCGUUGCUGCGGCUGCUGCUGCUGCUACAGCAUUAAUCAAUCGCCAUCUGUAUUCUAACCUGAAUAUAGUAAUAUCACAUUUGAUGAUAUAUCUUUCCUUUCGCUCAUGCUCUCAUACAACAAAGUGACUGUUUUGUUGUUGUGUGGUUUUUAAUCGACGGUCAGAUGUUUUUUAAAUGAAACUAGAUUACAAUCAUGAAUCGUGCGAAUUUCAGUUUCAAAUAUACAAUUAAACACAAAAUUCAAGGAUGCUGUUAGGAAUGUAGAGCAGACUUUGAAUACCCGGUCCAUGUAAGAAUCUAGGUUUUUAGUGCAAGGAUGAUAAGAAUUCUUGAUGAUGCGCGUGCGUUGGAAGUCGAUUCUUAUGUUGACCAAAGAAUUAAGAAAGAAGGAGGAGGAUGAGAGGAGGUGUACCAGGAAGAGAGUGAGGAAAUGAAAAAGAUAUCUCAUAGACAGACGAGCGUUUCGAGACCAUUUUGUAGGUCAUCUAGGUUAACCGAAUUAUUUUAAGUUGUAAUAGUUUAAGAGUUAGCUAAUAAAACUGACCAUAACCUUUUCCACGUCACUUUUUCAAUUGAAGCAAUUUUUAUUGAAUCUGUAGGUUAAGAUUGAGGUGCAAAAUUAAAAGAGAAAGAGGCCAUAGAUUCGUAGAGAAGGGAUCGAUCAUUUCGGCAAGUAUAGCGUUAUUAAACUGAAAGGUUGAGAAUUUUAGAUUUUCGCUGGUUGUAAGGGACAAGUUUUUUUAGAAUCUUAUCAUAAUCUUGUGAAACUUUUAGAAUCUGUAUCCCUCUUCCAAUGAAAUUUGUCUUUCAAUUUAAAGUGUAGACUUGCUGGGCACAUUUGUUAUAAAAAUCCAUCAAUUUAUUCAUUUUUCCGAUGGCCACCGAGUCAAGGCCAUCCGAGUUUCAGUUAAAGUUGCCACAACUUGAAAAAAUACACACAGAAAAAAAAAUGGUAAACGUAUUUUGAAAGUGUGAAGAAAAAAAAUGUAAUUUUUUUUAUCUGUAGUUUGUAAGCAACGCAAUUGAAUAAAUGUGUAAAAAUUGAGUAAAUU